ACCGAAGAACCUCGAAAUGUUCGACAAUCGUUGCAUUGCACUGCCAAACCUCACGGAUAGCUCUGAUUGACCGUAAACGAGCCGACUCUCUGCCGAGCCGUAUGGGCUGGAGUCUUCUCGUCGCUUCUUCGCGAUCUGCAUGGAACAGUUUUUCACAAAUGCCUAAGCGAUCCCCUGGUAUGGCCUAGGCUACGAGUUGUUUUUGACACUGCAGGUGCCGAGCGAAUCGGUCCGUCCUCGCACCUGCCAGUUUGCCAUUGAGCUAGCUGAACAGCGUGGUCCCUGCGAGUCAGCAUGGACACGGUAGUGGGGUAGGACUAUGUAUAUCUGUCCCACCACUGAAUUCUUCUCUCGACCACAACGCACCCCGCAACAGCUCUUCAACAACACAUUUCAAGAUUUCCAAACCUCAAUUAUCCAAACAUGGCCUCAUUUUAUGACACCACCAUUCCCCAGCUCCGCAAGAUCAACGAUGCGGCAAUCAACAUCCUCACCACCGCGCAGACCGAAAUCUCCAAUGGCCUCGCCGUCACUGAAUCUGAAAUGCUCGACGCUUCGUUCAGCGACAUGCUCCCAUUCCGCAUGCAGCCCAUCCUCCUUGGAAAAUUCGAAUGUGCACCCUUGACCAAGCUCAACCUCUCCAGCGCCGACCUCCCCAGCAUGGAUCCCAGCAGUUUCACUUCCUUCAGUUCUAUUAUCGACUUCUUCAAGGCCUUGAACGCGGUCCUUGAUUCUGUGUCCCAGGAUGCCUGGAACGACGCGGCGGAUAAGGGAUUUGAGAUUCAGAUGGGUGCUAAGACGCUGAACAUUACCGCACUGAAGGAUUUUACAGAGGGAUUCAUGGUGCCGCAUUGCUGGUUCCAUCUGAAUGCUAUAUACAUGUUGUUGAGGAGUAAGGGUUUCAAGUUGGGCAAGGGUGUGUUCGUGGGUGCGUGGGUUUCGGAAACUCUGAAGAAGGAUUUUGCGCCAUUGAGGGAGUAGGAUGAUGAAAUGAAGGUUGAACAGGGGAGGAAGUGAUUAAAAAAACCGAUGAAAAUAGAGUGGAUUAUGAAAGAAGGCGAAAAACUAGGUGGAAUGGAACAUGCAGGUAUCAUACCCCAAAUCAUAAAAUGUAAAUAUGCCAUUCACAAAAACAACUUCACCUCCCAGCUCGCAAAGGUGAAUCACCCAAGGAAACCACUUUGGCGUCCGUCAAUGAAUAGACAUCGUGUCUCAAGUACACAUCUCUAUGUAAUUGGAUUGGAACAUACCAGGCACAUCUCGCAG